AGUUAUGUGAUGGGAAUCAAGACGACAGCAUAUUUACCACGUCAUGUGAUCCAUUACACACCCAAGGAGGUCCAGUCACGUGAGUUAGAACUAAGAAGAUGCGUGAAGCUUUAAAUGGCCUUAUUGAGCAGAUCUGGGUUGAAAACAACAUACAACAAGCAAAUCAAAGCUUGGAUGAUUAUCAAGCCAUGAUAAACAUCAUUCAGGUUUAAGAGAAGCUUAAUUGAGAUUGUUUUUUUAGGGUAUGUUGUUUCACCUGAUGGAAUCGCAGUAGAUGAAGAAAAGGUUAAGGCUAUUAAAGGAAUGGCCGACACCUAAACAUAUUUCUGAGGUACGGAGUUUUCAUGGCUUGGCGAGUUGCUACUGGAGAUUCAUCAAGUAUUUCAGCACAAUUGCAGCACCAUUGACUGAAAUUGUGAAAAAAAGUGUUGGAUUUAAGUGGGAAAGUGAACAGGAGAAUGCUUUCAAUUUAAUUAAGGAAAAUUUAAUUUCUGCACCGUUACUUGCUCUACCUGAUUUUACUAAAACUUUUGAAAUUGAAUGUGAUGCAUCAGGUAUUGGCAUUGGUACUGUUUUGAUGCAAGAGCGACGACCUAUUGCAUUUUUCAGUGAAAAAUUGAUUGGUGCAGCACUUAACUAUCCUACUUAUGAGAAGGAGAUGUAUGCAUUGGUAAGAGCUUUAGAGACAUGGCAGCAUUAUCUUUGGCCUAAGGAGUUCAUGAUACAUACUGAUCAUGAGUCGUUGAAGCACCUGAAGGGACAAGAUAAGUUGAAUAGACGACAUUUUAAGUGGGUGGAAUUCCUUGAGACGUUUCCCUAUGUGAUCAAGUACAAGCAAGGAAAGGAAAACAUUGUGGCUGAUGCAUUAUCUCGUAGGUGCACACUUAUCUCUACCCUAAGUGCAAAGUUAUUAGGUUUUGAGCACAUUAAAGAAUUAUAUGCUAAUGAUCCAGAUUUUGCUAACGUGUUUAAUGCAUAUGAGAAGAUUGCUUUUGACAAGUUUUAUAGGCAUGAAGGGUACUUGUUUAGAGAAAAUCGACUAUGCGUGCCUAACUUUUCCUUAAGAGAAUUGUUGGUAAGGGAAUCUCAUGCAGGAGGCUUAAUGGGACAUUUUGGAGUUAGAAAAACUUUAGAUAUUCUGAAUGAUCACUUCUUUUGGCCACACAUGAAACAUGAUGUUGAAAGGAUCUGUGAAAGGUGCAUAACAUGGAAACAUGCAAAAUCUAGAGUUUUACCACAUGGUUUGUAUACUCCUUUACCCAUACCUACUGAACCUUGGGUUGAUGUAUCUAUGGAUUUUGUUUUGGGCUUACCAAGGUCAAAAAGAGGCCACAAUUCUAUUUUUGUUGUUGUUGACAGGUUCUCGAAGAUGGCACACUUCAUUCCAUGUCAUAAAACUAACGAUGCAACCAAUAUUGCGGAUCUAUUCUUCAAGGACGUUGUUCGUUUACAUGGCAUUCCAAGGACUAUCAUUUCUGAUCGCGAUGUCAAGUUCUUGAGUUACUUUUGGAAGACAUUGUGGGGAAAGCUAGGAUUACCAUAAUUUUACUUACCUCGCCUUGUCGGUAUACAAUAAGUAAGAAUUUCAAGG